GGCGGGCCGCUAGUACGUGUGCGAGUUCCUUGCGCUGCGUGCAGUGAAUCCGCUUUCACAGUAAUCCGUUCGGAAGAAACGCUUGUUGUUUCUGCUUUUUUAAGGUUUAUAUUUGUGAUUUUCAUAAUGCAUGUGGACUUUGAGAAGCUACGGAUGAGCGGCGCUGGAAAAGCCAUCGCUGUUCUCACGAGCGGCGGAGAUGCGCAAGGUAUGAAUGCGGCUGUUCGUGCAGUAACACGCAUGGGCAUCUAUGUGGGCGCCAAAGUUUACCUUAUUUAUGAGGGUUAUCAGGGCUUGGUAGAUGGAGGCGACCAUAUCAAAAUCGCUAACUGGCAGAGUGUCACCAACAUCAUUCAACUUGGUGGCACAAUCAUUGGCAGUGCCCGCUGUAAGGCCUUCACCACACGAGAGGGGCGUCUAGCGGCGGCGUUUCACCUGGUCCAGCGCGGCAUCACGAAUCUGUGUGUGUGCGGAGGAGACGGCAGUCUGACGGGAGCAAACAUCUUCCGUAGCGAGUGGAGCGACCUCCUGGCAGAGCUGGUGACACUAGGGCGAAUCACAGGCUCUCUGGCGCAGCAGUACACUCAUCUGAACAUUGUGGGUCUCGUGGGCUCUAUUGAUAAUGAUUUCUGUGGGACUGACAUGACGAUCGGCGCUGAUUCUGCUCUGCAUCGAAUCAUGGAAGUCAUUGAUGCCAUCACGACCACUGCACAAAGUCAUCAGAGGACGUUUGUGCUGGAGGUGAUGGGACGCCACUGCGGGUAUCUUGCGGUGGUGUCUGCUCUGGCGUCCGGUGCUGAUUGGCUCUUCAUUCCAGAAGCUCCACCAGAGGACGAUUGGGAGGAUCACAUGUGUGCUCGACUGGGAGAGAGUCGCAGUAAAGGAUCUCGUCUGAACAUUGUGAUCAUUGCAGAGGGAGCUAUCGACAAACACGGCCAGCAGAUCUCAUCAAACUAUGUUAAAGAUCUUGUGGUUCAGAGGUUGGGUUACGACACGCGUGUGACCAUUCUUGGUCACGUUCAGAGAGGAGGAACUCCGUCUGCAUUUGAUCGAGUUCUGAGCAGUAAGAUGGGUGUGGAGGCCGUGGUGGCGCUGUUAGAAGCCACUCCAGAGACUCCAGCGUGUGUCAUCGGCCUGUCGGGGAAUCAAGCCAUGCGGCUGCCGCUCAUGGAGUGUGUGAACAUGACGAAAGAGGUGCAGAAAGCCAUGAAUGAGCAGAGAUUUGAAGAGGCCAUUCAGCUGCGAGGAAAGAGUUUUGAGAACAACUGGAACACGUAUAAACUUCUAGCUCAUCAGAAACCUGCUCAGUCAAAGAGUAAUCACUCGAUGGCGAUUCUGAACGUUGGCGCUCCGGCCGCGGGGAUGAACGCUGCGGUGAGGUCAGCGGUCAGGGUUGGUCUCGCUCAGGGUCACAGAGUUUACAACGUUCAUGACGGGUUUGAGGGUCUCGCCAAGGGCGCGUUGAUGGAGGUGCACUGGCAUGAUGUGGCCGGAUGGACGGGUCAGGGUGGGUCACUGCUGGGCACCAAACGAACUCUUCCUAACUCCUGUAUGGAGAGCAUUGUGGAGAAUAUUAGAAAAUACGCCAUUCAGUCUCUGCUGGUGAUUGGUGGAUUUGAGGCGUAUGAAGGAGUUCUGCAGCUGGUUGAAGCUCGCGGUCGAUAUGAUGAACUCUGUAUCGCCAUGUGUGUGAUGCCUGCGACGAUCAGUAAUAAUGUCCCGGGCACAGACUUCAGUUUGGGUGCAGACACGGCAGUGAACGCCGCCAUGGAGAGUUGUGAUAAAAUCAAGCAGUCUGCGUCGGGAACAAAGCGGCGAGUCUUCAUCGUGGAAACCAUGGGCGGAUACUGUGGUUACCUAGCAACCACUACAGGCAUCGCCGUGGGCGCAGAUGCUGUGUACAUCUUUGAGGAGCCGUUCAACAUUCAUGAGCUCGAGACGAACGUGGAGCAUCUGACUGAAAAGAUGAAGAAUGAUAUUCAGAGAGGACUCGUGCUGAGGAAUGAGAAGUCUCACAAGCACUACACGACCGACUUCAUUCACAAUCUGUAUUCUGCCGAGGGGAAGGGCGUCUUCGACUGCAGGGUCAAUGUGCUGGGGCACCUGCAGCAGGGUGGGGUGCCAACACCGUUUGACAGGAAUUUUGGCACUAAACUGGGAGUGAAGGCUGUCCUGUGGCUCACAGAGAAGAUGAACGCUACUUACAGACAGGGUCGUGUGUUUGCGAACGCUCCUGACACCGCCUGUGUGAUCGGCAUGAAGAAGAAAGUGAUGUCAUUCAGUCCCGUCACAGAACUCAAGUCACACGCAGACUUCGAACACCGGAUGCCGAAGGAACAGUGGUGGUUGAACCUGCGGCCGAUGUUGAAGAUGUUGGCCAAAUAUCAGACCAGCUUUGACGAGUAUGUGACAGGAGAGAUCGAACACGUGACGCGUCGCACCCUCAGCAUCGAGACUGGAUUUUAAAAGCUGCGCACACUCUCUAGUGUUCACAACCCUCACGUCCUAAUACCAAAUAACCCUGAUGACCCCCGAAUAACAUUUAUAAAACCUGUAAUGUUCAUACCUGUGUUGAUGGUGCUUUAUUAACAGAACAAUGACUGCUCCGUUUAGUGUUCAAAUCUGUUUCCUCUUCUCACAAAUGCUAAUAAUGCCAAGUUAAUGUUGUGUGAUGUUGUAUUAGUGGUUCAGCCCAAUCGUUGUGCCUUUGUCUGGUAUUUAUUAGUUUUAAACAGUGAUAUUCCCUAAACAAAUGUGCACUGAUGCAGAACGUUGUGAAGAAAUGUUUUAUUGUGAAAUGUGCUGCUGAAUGGAUUUGUGUGUUUUUGUCUUGGGAAUUCUCCAUUCCAACGUUCCUUUAUAACGACUGUUCCUUAUUCUAGAAGACAUUUGCAUUAUUCCUCUGAUCAUGUUUACAGAUCGAUCUAUUCUCCGGGUUUCCAUGUCGGAUCCUUUUGUGCUUCAGUAAUAAAACUACAAAAUAAUAAUAAAUACAUUUUCUG